AUGGAGCCUCCGGACCUUACCAAUGGCCCAUCCGAGAUUGGUUCCCUGACCGCGCAUUCCAAGGAUGAGAGUCAGUUUGUCGGUAGCUCCAGUGGCGUCUACUUCAUCAAUACCGUCCGACGGGCUUUCUCCGAAAGUUUAGAUCCGAGUGGUUCAUCGCCUGCACAAGACUUCCCCCAGCCGGAGGAUACCCUGGUAGGCAGUGAUGCCUCGCAGAAAACGACCCCGGCUGCGCUGCAGGAUGAUCAGUUUCCGAGCCAAUGGGCAUAUAAUCCCGCAGUGGCAGCAGUCUUGGGGAAUGCUCCCCCGCUUGAUACAGCUCGGGAACUCAUGAUGAUGUACUUCAAAGUUUGGCAUCCUCUAUUCCCGUUUCUGCAUGGCCCUACUUUCUUGCAGGCCAUGGAGGGCCUCUACUCAGAAGACCGCCAGGAGCCAACUGGUAAUGCUCCAAUGGCGGAUCACCGGCAUGUAUGCUGGACAACAAUCUUUCAGUGUAUUUUCAAUCUAGCCAAUGCUGUUCAUCCGGAGAUUCAACUCCCACUGGGGUCUCGGAUAGAAUCGCCCAGUAACAUGCAUUCUCUCCUCGGCACGCUAACUAGUAAGCACGAUAUGUUGUCCUUGCAGGCACUUCUUGCUUGCCAACUAUAUUUGCUUGCAAAAAUGUCCCUCCGGACAGCCUCCACCGUAGGUGGCUGCAUGCUCCGUUCCAUGCUGCACGCAGGUCUCCAUCGCUGUCCAUACCGAUACAAGGAGCUCACAACCCACGACAGACAGCUGCGCAAGAGGAUAUUCUGGUGUGCAUACGCCAUUGACCGAUACCUAAGCCAGGCACUUGGACUGCCUCUAGGCGUACAAGACUCGGAUAUCGAUGUCUGUUCGCCCAAUACUCCUGAGAUCCAUAUACCAGGAAUGUACAAUAGAUCGCAUUUCGCCCGAGCUACUUCGUAUCCUGAGCAAAGGGGACACCGCCCCCAGCUCACAAGCAACCAACACCACGAAAACACUUCAUUACGUACCUUCUCAGCCCACAGCAGCUCCUCGGCCGAAGAAGCCCAGCAAAACCGCCGCGAACUCGCCUUUGCAAGCUACGUCGAGUCCGGCACCUUAACAGGACGAGCCCUCGAGCUCUUCCAUAAAUCCAUUACAGUGCGCUCUGUCCCACGCAGCUCCGUACUAUUCCUCAUUACAGACGUCCACAAAUGGUGGAACAAUCUCUCCAUCGAAACACUCCAAGGCCAACAACACCAACAAUCAUCCACCGACCAACCCUCAUCAUCAUCCCCCGCAGCAACAACGACAACCGCAUUCAACUUCGCACCCUUCUUCACCGUCCUCUACCAACAUCUCAUCCUCCUCAUCAACCGUCCCUCCCUCUCCCUCAGCCCAUCCACCCCCGAAUUCUGCUCCGGGCUCCAAACCUGCAUCAACGCCGCAAGGGAGAUCAUCUCCGCUCUAACGACGCAGCAAGAAAGCGGCCAAUCAUUCUUCUGGCCCGGUUUCCUCUCUGCUGCCUGGAUGUCAGGUCUCGUCCUUGCAUUUGCAUGCCAACUCCGCCAAUACGUCUUAUCCAAGGGAGCUCAGGAAAUCACCAAAUGUCUCACAAUACUGCACACCAUGUCCACGCAAUGGGAAGCAGCCAAACACUGCCACAGGGCACUUUCCCUUCUAUCUCGGACUAUCCAGGAAUCAGGCACCAACACCAACACCACCGCAGGUGAAGGAUCACCCAAUAAACGACGGAAAGUAGCCGUGGAUCCUCACCACACCGCCUUCUUCACUCCCAUCAACUCGCUAUCUUCGACGAAUAUGGAUGAUGAAUAUGCACGAGGACGAGCAGGGAGGAGGACUUCUACUGCUGCUGCUGCUGCUGCUGCUGCUGCCGCGACAACAUCUGGUCUGCAUGAACAUGCUAAUACUAGUAGCGGCCAUGUACAUCUGUCUCAUGAGGAGAGGUUAUUCUCUGCCGAGGGGGUUAGUACUAAUACUAAUGAUAAUAAUAAUGGAGAUGCGGUGGGAGAGUUUGAUUUUGGGAUCGUGGAUCUGCUCCAGGGGAGUAAUUUUGAUGAUUUGGCGGAUAUGUUUGGGCAGCAGUAUCCUUCUUUUUGA